GUCCACUAAUGCGUAGAGGAAGGGGAGGAGGUGGACGGCUCUUCUUCUACGAGCCGACGUGCUGAGAGCUCCUGUUUCAUUUCACCACCGCCUCCGAGCAGCUCGGCCCUCUCCCUCCUCGUUCAGCUAGCCAGAGGGGUUUUGAAGCUGAACUCGGAUGAAAAGUGCCAACAUUUUUGAUACUUUCUUGUGUUUUUUUUGUCCUCGCCGGGGAGAGCACUCCAGGGCGGCGGAGGGAGAGAAGUUUAAACCCCCAGCUGCUGCACAGGAGACGGUGGAUCCGAGGUUUCACGAUCCCCUCGCACAUCACCGCCGCUGUCUUUUUGUCUUAGCUUCAUUAUUUUUGUUGAGGGAAGUUCAGUGAAGUUUCACCGGCCUCCUCCUUCCCCCCGAGAGGGACACAACACAUCCGCCCGGCAUCAUGACUCGGAGAUCCUGUGCCAUUUACGCCACCGGCAUCGUGUGCGCUCACCUCCUGAUAGUGGGGAUCGCCCUGGUCGUGGCUCAAGUCUUCCAAACAAUGAUACACAGCCGGCUAAAAAAGGAAAUUACUUUAACAGAGAAGAGCCAAGUGUUCGAGUCAUGGAAGAAUCCACCUCCACCUGUUUACAUGGAGUAUUACUUCUUCAAUGUGACCAAUCCAGAGGUGUUCUUGGCAGGCGGAAAGGCAGCUGUUAAACAGAUCGGUCCCUACACUUACAGGGAAUACAGGCCGCGGGAAAACGUGACUUUCCUAGAGAACGGCACCAAGCUCUACGCCCUGAACCCCAAAAGUUUUGUGUUUGUGCCCGAGAAGUCAGCCGGUGACCCCGAGGUUGACAUCAUCAGGACUGUCAACAUCCCAUUUGUGGCGGUGAUGAACGAGCUGAACUCCUACUCGUUCUUGCUGCGAAGUUUUGUUUCUAUGUACAUGAAUGGUCUGGGCAUCGAGAUGUUCAUGACCCGCACUGUCCAUGAGGUUCUGUGGGGCUUCAAAGACCCUCUUCUCACAAAGAUCCACACUAUGAAGCCUGAGGUGGAUGAAUAUUUUGGGCUGAUGUGGAAGAAAAAUGGCACCCAUGAAGGAGAGUUUGUGUUCCACACCGGCGAGGAGAACUACUUGGAUUAUGGCAAGAUUGACACAUGGAACGGCCUGAGGGAGAUGUCGUGGUGGUCUUCCAAGCAGAGCAACAUGAUCAACGGUACUGAUGGCGCGGUCUUCCACCCUCUGAUAAACAGGAACGAGCUGCUCUACAUCUUUGCCGCUGAUCUCUGCAGGUCUAUCCAUCUAGCCUAUGUGAAAGACGUGGAGGUGAAAGGCAUCCAGGCAUACCGUUUCGCACCCCCUAAUGACGUUCUCAUGAGUCCCAAAGACAACCCCGCUAACGAGGGCUUCUGUGUGCCAGCUGGAGACUGUCUCGGCACCGGGGUGCUUAAAGUCAGCGUUUGUCGAGAAGGCGCUCCCAUCGUGGUGUCUUUCCCCCACUUUUAUCAAGCCGACCCGAAGUACAUCAACGCCGUUGAUGGCCUCAGCCCCAACAAGGAGGAACACGAGACGUACCUAGACCUGCAACCGACCACGGGUGUUCCCAUUCGUGCCUGCAAGAGAGCUCAGCUUAAUAUCAUCCUGAAGAGAGUCCAAGGCUUCCCCAAAACUAAGUUCAUCAAUGAGACCAUUUUCCCCAUCAUGUUCGUCAAUGAGACGGCAACUAUUGACGAUGCCUCGGCAUCCCAGAUGAGGACGCUGCUCCUCAUCGUGACUAUUGCGUCAAACAUCCCGUUGUUCAUCGUGGGCAUGGGCAUCAUCCUGCUGCUGGUGCUCGUCGUCUUGUUCUGCCGAAACCGCCAGAAGAAGAAUGAAGUAAAACGUAUUGAUUUUACUGAAGCUUUUCAUUCUUUUACUACGGUGAAAGAUGACACGGCCUACACUCAGGUCAGCGACAAACCCGACGAGCCUUCAGAAACGCCAGCCAACCAGCCAAUGAGGAACGGCUCCUACAUUGCCAUGUCUCCAGUGGAGGCCCAGAAGUGUUGAUUGAGGAUCCCCUCCCCACAUGUGGAGCUCAGGAAGGGGGCUGAGGGAGCAGCACAUGGGUGUUACACUACCACGGGCGGGGGUUAGCACACACAGUGGGCUCAUUUUCACUUAUUUUGGGGGAUGGGGUGGGACACGAGCCCCAGUAAAUGUUUAGUCAACAAAGACAUUGCUCCUCUCACUGAGCCCCCUUAUGACUGUCUGUCCUCCUCUACUCUACCUGCUGAGCAUGGCCCUCACUGCCUGCCGUACUGCAACACAAACAAACUCCCACACUCUUCUCCUCAUUUCCAUCCUGGUUGGCCCCCGAAAGAUGAAGGGACUCUAGAUGGGCUUGGCCAGGAAAAGCCUUUUUUCCAUAUUUCUUCUGAGGGAACACAGUAGCAUAGGUGUCGCUGUUGUACACAGAUGCAUGAUCUCCGGACCAGACUCUGCCGAUUAAUAUGGCUCAAAGAGUGUUUAGUAUUCACUUGAACAACAGUGGGUGUGGUUAGCGUUGUAUUCUUGCUCUUUCCUCUCCAUCAGUGUUGCGUGAGGAGAAAAACUUCCAACAGAUUUAAAAAGAAAAGCCCUCGUAAACUGAAUCCUUAGGACAGAACUCUUUUGAGCUCCUGGGCUCAGAGGAUAAAAACUGUUUUGCUAACAAAACUGAACUCAGCAUAUCUUUUUUUUU